AUGGAGCUUCGCCGGAGCCGUCGGCGCUGCCUUGGACCAUGCCGGGCUGCAAUGGAGCUCCGCCGGAGUUGCAAUGGAGCAUCGUCGGAGCCGUCGGCGCUGCCUUGGACCACGCGUGGGCUGCAGUGGAGCUCCGCCGGAGUUGCAAUGGAGUUUUGCCGGAGCCGUCAGCGCUGCGGUGGAGCUCAGGCAGGGUUGCAAUGCAGCUUCGCCGGAGCCGUCAGAGCUGUGUUGGAGCUCCGCCGGGGCUGCAUUGGAGCUUGGCCGGAGUUGCAAUGGAGCUUCGCCGGCGCGUCGGUGCUGCGUCGGAGCUCUGCUGGGGCCGCAAUGGAGCUCGCCGGAAUCAAUCCGUGGUGCUGCGUUGGAGCUGUGGUUUUGGCUGUGGCAAGGAAGAACGGUGUGGUUGAGUUGCUGAAUCCAUUGAAUGGUGAUGCUCUGGCUGUUGUCAAGUCCUCUAGGACAGACCAAACUGUCGGAGCUGUGGAAAAUGAUCCCCUAGUCGCCCUGCACCUCUUCAGAAAACAUGCACCGGACUUAACCACGUUAGGUACAUUUCUUGCUUGUACGGAGAAGGGCAAAGCAAGUGUGAGAUCUGUUGCAAAAGAAAACACGGUAUCUGACUCGGAUGUUGGGCCAUCAAGCACUUGGGAAGUGUGUAACAAGGGUACAUUGCAGUUUUCAUCUGUGGAUGUUGGUGAAAACUAUGCAAUGUUUGGAGGGAAUGGUAUGGAAGUGAACUUGUGGGAUAUCACAUCUUGUAGUAAGAUGUGGUCUGCUAAAUCUCCCCGAGCUAACAACGUCGGUAUAUUUACCAAACCUUGGUUCACGGCUGGAACUUUCCUGUGCAAGGAUGAUCACCGUAAAAUUGUAGCCUGCACAAAUAAUCAUCAGGUUCGCUUAUAUGAUACUGCUUCGCAAAGAAGACCUGUUGUUUCAGUUGAUUUUAGGGAGUCACCAAUCAAGGCAGUUGUAGGGGAUCCAGAUGGACAUACUGUCUAUAUUGGGACAGGAACAGGAGACCUCGCUUCCUUUGACAUGAGAACAGGAAAACUACUCGGAUGCUAUGUUGGUAAAUGCAGUGGAAGUAUUAGAUCGAUAGUUAGGCAUCCGGAUCUGCCUUUGAUAGCAUCUUGUGGAUUGGACAGCUACUUGCGAAUCUGGGAUACAAAUACAAGGCAGCCGCUUUCUGCGGUCUAUCUCAAGCAGCACCUCACGACAGUGGUUAUUGAUUCACAUUUCUCAGCUGAAGAAUCUGAGGAGACUAAAUCCAAGCAGCCAGAUUCUUCAAUGGUGGCUGAAGCUGCAGUCAGAAGGGAAAAAAAGAAAAAGAAGAAUGUAUUGGUUGAAGAGGCUGAGGAAGGAACUCAAAUGGUGGACCCUGAUGACUGUGAUGCUGAAGCAGUCAGAAAGGACAAGAAGAAGAAGAAGAAGAAGAAGAAGAAGAAGAAGAAAACUGUUAUAGAGGAUGAUGAAGAAACGCAAAUGGUCGACCUGGAUGAAGACGAUGCUGAAACAGUCAGAAAGGCAAAGAAGAAAAAGAAGAAUAAAAGGGUUGCAGAGGAUGAGGAAGGAACUCAGAUGGCUGGCCUUAAUGACAGUGAUGCUGAGAUCUAUGCCCCAAAGAGAAUAAAAUCUGAAUCUGGCGAAAGAAGCAAAGGCACGAAAAAGAAAAGCAAGAAGCAACAAGUUGCCUAG